UUCACUCCUCCCUCCCUCUUGUCCUCUCUCUCUCUUUCUGUCUUUUCCACACAGUGCCGUCCUCUAAAACUUUCGGCUCCCUUUCUCUUGUUCUUCCUAUCUCUCACCCUCCCAACUCUCUUUCUCUGUCUGCACUCUGUGUUAUUUCUUGCGACCUUGCUCUCUCCUGGACCAGUGGAAAAUGUGAUUUGAGGGCAGAAGAGUCAGUGGUUGUCGGGCUUCAGGCACCAUGAAUGUGUGUAACAGUACUGACUUGCCAGAGCUUGAGAUUAUCAGCUUAUUGGAGGAGCAGCUGCCAGUCUACAAGCUGAGGGCCGACACCAUCUUCGGCUACGACCAAGAUGAUUGGCUGCACACGCCACUGGUGGACCCUGACUCUGCCCUCGACCUCACUACUGAACAGAUAGAGGAGACCCUCAAAUACUUCUUGUUGUGUGCUGACAGAGUGGGCCAGAUGACGAAGACCUACAGCGACAUUGAUGCUGUCACUCGACUCCUUGAAGAGAAAGAGCGUGACUUGGAGUUGGCGGCUCGCAUCGGACAGUCGCUGCUGAAGAAAAACAAAGCCCUCAGCGAGAGAAACGAACUGCUGGAAGAGCAAGUAGAGCACAUCCGAGAGGAGGUUUCUCAGCUGCGUCAUGAUCUGUCCAUGAAAGAUGAGCUGUUACAGUUCUAUACCAGCGCUGCCGAGGAAAGUGAGGGAGAGUCCACCACCUCCACACCUGUGCGUCCAAGUGAACCCAGUGUGUCAACGCCUACUUUUUUCCCCCUGGACUCCCUGCAGAAGAAACUCAAAGAUCUGGAGGAAGAAAACAAAUCAUUGCGAUCUGAGGCCAGUCAUUUGGAGACAGAAACUAUCUCCUACGAGGAGAAAGAACAGCAACUUGUCAAUGACUGUGUCAAAGAACUACGUGAUGCCAACCUGCAGAUUUCCUCCCUGGCUGAAGAACUGGCCAGGAAGACUGAAGAUGCCUCCAGGCAGCAGGAGGAGAUCACACACCUCCUCUCCCAGAUAGUAGACCUCCAGAAGAAGGCCAAGCUGUAUGCUGUGGAGAACGAGGAGCUGACUCAGCACUUAGGAGCAGCCAAAGAUGCCCAGCGACAACUCACUGCUGAGUUGCGGGAGUUCCAAGACAAGUAUGCAGAGUGUAUGGAGAUGCUUCAUGAAGCUCAGGAAGAACUGAAGAACCUGAGAAAUAAAACUCUACCACUGAGCACACCGAGGCGUUUCCACUCUCUGGGCUUGUUCCCGAUGGACUCUCUGGCAGCAGAAAUAGAGGGCACCAUGAGGAAGGAACUUCAGAUGGAUGAUCCAGAUGUAGAAGAGCAGAGACUGCACCCAAAGCGAGUGUUCCAGACGGUGAAAAACCUCAACCUGAUGCGUCAGCAGCGUUCAUCGUUAGCCCCCUCCCCUCUCAACAUCCCAGGCUCCAAUCAGACGUCAUGCUUCACCUCAGGGCGCUCUAGCAGGAUGGGCACGCCUCGCUCUGACUCCAUUUAUGGUAGUGAAACCGGAGGUGGGAUCAUCCUUGACAACAGGACCAGCAGUAUCCUGGAGUGUCCAGACGAUGGGUCAGAGGACUCUAACAAGCGGCCCCCUGGCACCCCAGGGACCCCGGGCAGCAGGGACCUGGAGGCAGCCCUUCGACGUCUGUCCCUCCGUCGCGACAACUACCUCUCAGAGAAACGCUUUUUUGAGGAAGAGAGGGAGAGAAAGCUGGCUUACCUGGCCAAAGAGGAGGAAAAAGGAGGUGGGGAGGGCAGCGGAGGCCCAGGGACCCCAACUGAAAGCCUGUUGUCACUGUGCUCGCAUCCCUCCUUAGGAAGUGUCUGGUCGGGAUACUCCUUCACGUCAAGAUCCUACCUGCCGGAGAAGCUGCAGAUUGUAAAGCCGCUAGAAGGCUCUGCUACACUCCAUGCAUGGCAGCAGUUGGCUCAGCCCCACAUGGGCGCUCUGCUGGAUCAUCGGCCUGGUGUGGUCACGAAGGGCUUCCGCACUUUAGCACAUGAGCAGGGACAGGAAGACAGCUGGCAGCUGGACCAACCAGAGGAGGAUGAAGUGUCAUGUGACUCAUUUACUGGCUUGUCAGAAGAAAGUACUGCUCCUUUGGAUCUGCCGCGCUCUACCUCUACUCCCUCUGUCUGCUGCAACAAAAAUGGCGACAUCGAUGACAACAGCCAAAUGGAAACAUUUGACGGAGAAACGUGUGGGGCUAAAGAAGCAAUUCAAGGAAAAGACGGACUUGUUGGAAACACGCCCCUUUCCUUAUCCAGCCUCUCCCCCUCCUCUUCUCCUCUCCCCUCUUCUUCUGAGAUGAUGAUGAAUGGGCACGUGGACCUCAAAGAGCUCCAGGCCUUACAGCCUGCCACAGUGGAUCGCAUGCCUGUUAAUUUCCCAGGAAAGUGUAUGUCCCAUACUAGCUCCACAUACACCUUCACCACCUGCAGGAUUCUCCACCCCUCUGAUCAGCUGACCUCAGUUUCCCCAAGCCCAGCUAUAGCCUCUUGUUACAGCAGUGCUUAUGUGGGCACCCCUACCCCGGCUUCCUCUCCUAUACCCUUCUCUGCCCCACAUACACCUUCCUACACCCCCUGUUGCACUCCACGCCGCCUCUCCCUGUCUCUUUCCCUGGCUGAGUCCUCCACCAACCUUAGGGACUCCACCAAGACCACCAGCACCUCUCUAGGCCUGGUGCGCCUCCUGCUGGAGCGUGGGAUCUCUGCAUCAGUGUAUAACCCCCGAAGCUGGGACCGAGGGUUGUUUUCCAGUGGAGCUUCAACACCCGAGGGGGGAUGCGCGCAGGCGCAGAGGUGCACCGAAACACCAGGUGAGACUGAUGUCACACGGUUGGGGAAACGCCCAGACACCCUUCUCCUCCAGCCCUCAACCCCACCCAACUCCCCUCGCUCCAAAUCUGCCUCCUUUGCCAUGACUGGCCCAGUCUUUCAGUUCAGCCCUACCGCUGAUGACCCUCCAUACUACGACACCUUCCUCGCCUCUAAACCAGCUCGCACCAUUCUGAGGGAAGUGCUGGGGGAGGCAGAGAGGGAGCGAGGGGCUCAGGCAGAUGAUGACAGCCAAACAGAGAUGCUGAACCUGCGACUUGUGGACAAACUGAAGAGUUUCCGCACCCUUUCCCCUCGGACUGCUUCAGUCUCAUCUGGGAAUGCUCUUUUACCCUCCUUUGGCUCCACUGGACUGGGGAACAGUGGUCUUGGUGGGGGGCUUCCAGGAUUGAACGCAGGACUGAGGAGGAAUCGAAGCUAUCCUGCCAUGGUGGGGGCCAGUAUGGCUAUGAAAGACCCAGGAGGUCCCCCCAGCACAGAGAUACUUAUACCACAUACGAUGCAAACCCCAAAUACACAACACACAGUGCACACACAAGAAAUGGGCAAAAUACAAACAAAUCACACACUGGUCGCAAAGCCCAUACACAUACCACAGACACUACAUGCACUGGAAACAGUCACGCCACAGACAAUAAUACAGAGACACACCAGGCCAACAAGCAAUGACCGACACAGUGAUGAUGAAACUGUGACAUAAGUAGGAAAUAUUUAACAGCAUACAAACUCACACAUCUUACAGUACAAUACUCUGACAUGACUACAUAUGCACACACACACACAUUUAUUUACAAAACCAAAUACCAUAUGUAACUAUACAGACAUCCUUCCACUAUGGAGAGUCCCCAGACCGAAUGAUACAGUCCACCCACAGACUCAACUAAACAAUAAGUCAUCUUUCCUAACCAGUCCACCCUCCAACUGUUUUAACAAGCAUCAGCCUGAUCAACAUAAACCCAAUGAAAUGGUGAUGAAUAAACCAGUAGUGGCUGAAACUGUUACACUGUGUUAUACUCAUAAUGUCAGACUAAUGAUGGAGUACGUUGCCUUCCUGUGUCCAUUGUAAUAGUAUAUUGUGUAUGCAAUAUACUGUGUCAUACCCAGUAUAAUAUUAAAGGCCCAAUCGGGUUGAAGUACUGCAGAGUUUUCCUAUGACCUGUUUUUAGUCUCCUUUUCCUCCUCAACCUGAAUGAGUCCACUGAAAAAAGGCGGCAACAUGAAUUUAAAAUGUACUGUACUGACCCGAAUACAAGAUUGUUUUUUUCUUGAGAUUAUUUAUAAAGAAAUGGGAGUUGUGUAUUCGACGACUACACAAUUACACAUUCAUUACAGCAGAUGUGACUGUCACUUUAUGAACAUGCUGUAUCAAGUCACGUGUGAUUUGUAGCCUUAAUGUCACUAGGCUAGCAGGUUUCUACUGUGAAAUUGCAAAAGAAAAGUCUCCAGAAAACAUUUUCCCUGUUGUUAACUAUUGUAAAUGACACAUCCUUAAAAGUGCUAACAGGAUGCACAACAAGGAAUAUGUUUUUAGUGUUUGGCUUUUGAACUAUGGUACUAUGGAACUAUAUGUGGUAUUUGUAAAAGCUUUUUCAUCCCAAUGUUCAGCCUGUGAUACAAGGAACAGAGACUAACGUCUAAGUCAACUCAAGCUAAGUGAAAAGUCUUCAUCUAAAAAUAUUUUCAUAUUUUAUUCGGGCCACUAUGGUAUUUUUAAGCCUUUUAAUUGCACUGGAGUUAAAUGGAAGUUAUAAUGUCACACUGGCAUUAGCAUUAGAUAUUAUUUCUACCAGCAACUCAUUCUUUCCUCUCUGUAUGUGUGUAAUAUGUAGUUUCAAACAAAAAAUCUAGAUUGGGGCUUUAAUGUGUCCUCUCGCUGUGACUGAAUGUUCAUAUGUGCCUAAAAACAGCUAAUACACUUUAUCUCAUUGGAGUAUGGGUUUGCAUUUGAUUGAUUUGAUUAAUCUUUUAAUUUGCCUUUUUAUUAGAUGGUAUGCUGUAAAGGGAGUAAAUGAGGAUAAUUGUGCAAAUUAAGUUAUUAGCAUCUGAACCUGCUGAGGAAGCCCCACACAUGCUCAUUUAUGCCUCUGUCUGUUUUGGCCAUUAAUGAGUUUGGGUGAAGCAUCCUGUUUGUUUUUAAUCCACAGGAACACGUAGCACAUAAACGGCAAUACAGAUCAGGUCCAGUUAUACAGAUACCUGGUGAAGCACCUCAACUUGUUCUGUUCAGAUUUUCUCAUUUUGAUGCACCUCCAAUCUUUCCAUACUCAUCAAGUCAGUGUAGAACACGUCUGAGGUGGAUGUACAUGGCAUGACAUGGGCACAAACAAAAUGCAGAUGGCAGCAGGAAGAUCAGAAAGUAAAGUCUGCCACAGGCACUGCUGCACCCCGAGCUUUCAAUCAAACCAAAGUGACACCCACAUAAAAAGUGGGUGGAACCACAACAACAGAAUAGAAAUUUGUUUGCUUGUAAAACAGACAUAGCAGAUUCACUUUAUUUCUGUGUUGCUGGUGUAAGCAGUUACCUGUAUACACACUACCACCAUAUAAUUUAUUCUGUCAAAAUCAAACAAGCAUGUGGGUGAAAAAAAUGUAAAGCAAUAUUAGGCAUUAGAAGAGUUGUAUAUUUCUGAAUGUAAUUGUAAAAAGAGUGACUUGAAGUAUCCAAAUGUUGGUUUUAAGAACAAGAGACUGAGCUUUUAUCACAGCUUGUUGCAGAAGGGAUGUUUUUGGUCCAGUUCCAACGUCCAACUUCAGGAACACGCAUUAAGCACUUUGCACACUUUGUAGAAAAGCUACUCGGCUAUUUGAAAAGAGAGAAAGGAACACUAAAUUGCAUUAACCUAUACAUGAAAUAUGAACAUCACACACACUUUACUGGCAACAGAAAUCCCUUUGUGCAGGUGAAGUGAUUUCACUUGUCCAAUUCCUCAUUCCUAGUACCCUCCUGUGCGUGGGCGCUCAGCUGAUUAUGAAGGUGUCGGUUUAAAUCUGAAAUUGGACUUUGGGACUGGGCCACUGAACACUUGUCUGACUGACUGAUGAAUGAAAGGACAAAAUGGCUGGCUCGGACGCUGGCAGUGAUCUGUUGGAAUCCUUAAUGAUUAAGGGAUUAAAAUUGCUAUGUUGUUUAGUGAGAGAUUAAUGAUCAUUAAAUAUAUUUAUUACAUGCUUGGAUUAUUAGAGGCACACAUAUAACUGAAUAUCCAUUGUAUAUGUUUAAGUGAAGGAUUUAGCAGUUUUUAUUUAUAUUUUGAACUGUCACUGAGAUUUUGAAUCAUUUUUGAUCAAUUGGACAGUUUUAUGUCAUUUUGGUUUCAUGAUAAACAUUUCUGUGGCACUUAGUAAAAUGGCUUUGUAGAGAUAUUUCCAUUUAAAACAGUGGGUACAGUUCGUUGUCUACAAGCUUACUUCAUAACAGCUGUACAUUUUGGAGAAAAAAUGAGACAAUUCACAGUAUUUAAUAUUGAUACCAAGUGCCAAGACUGAUGCGACAAGGAGUUGGUGUGUGUUCAUGUGUGUGCUUGUUUUUCUGUGUGUCACUUGAAUCAUCUGAAUGUAAGUUAUUUCAAACAGUAAUCCUGCUGUAGGGCCAUAUAUUUGUGUACAGUAUGUUGAUUUAUCUUUAUUAGUUUGUGUUUAACCUCAGAGGGGAAACUAUUAUUACAUUGUAAAUGUAUGCAACACAUAUAGCCAUGCUAACUUUAUUUUUUUUAAAUAAACUGUAACAGUAGAGAAAAAGAUGGGGAAUUAAGUUGUUUAUUUUGAGUAAAGAGGGAAAUAAACUUUUCUGUUCAGGGAGUGAAGUGUUCUAUUCUACAGAACAGACUGUGCUGU